UGCAGCGUCCGGGCGGGCGGCGUGGAGAGCCGGACAGUCGGGAGCGUGGGGGUGUUCUAUAUCCCCCGUCCCCAGCUGAAUUUCUCCCUCCCGGCCGUUUCGGGCUCGUUCCUCCACGCCCGCUGCUCGCUGCCGCCCGGCUCCAUCACCGACAUCCAGCUGCGGCUGCGGCUGCGGCUCCCGAACGGGACCGAGGCGGGCCCGGGCUGGGGGCGGCCCCCGCGGGAGCUCGGGCUGGUCCUGCCCGAGCCGGGCCCGGACCGGGAGGAGGAGGAGGAGGAGGAGGAGGAAGAGCUGGAGCUGAGCUGCGAGGCCGAGCUGCAGCCCUUCACUCCCCGCCGGGAGUCGCGGCGCGUCCCGGUGAUGGCCCAGCCCCGCCUGGACCCGCGGCUCUGCCCGGCCCAGCAGAACUGGACCGAGGGGCUCGAGGGGAUUUUGCGCUGCCGGGCGCGGGGGCGGCCGCGGCCGUUCCUGGAAUGUUCCAGCGCCGGGAAUUCCGUCCUGCCCGCGGGAAUCCCGAUCCGCGCCCAGCGGAUCCACGCCGGGAUUUACCGCUGCCGCGCCAACAACAGCGUGGGCGUGGCCGAGAGUGACGUCACCGUCUGGGUGCACGCUCCUCCCUCAGCCCCGCUGCUGCCGCUGCUCCUGGGGGUGCUGCUGCCGCUCCUCUCCCUCCUCCUCCUCUCCGGGCUCCUCCUCCUGCGGCGCCACCUCGCCCGGAUCGGCCACUACCGGCUCUGGAAGGGCCAGCGGCCACCGCGGCCACCGGGGCCACGGGGGUCACCGGGGUCACCGGGGUCACCGGGGUCACCGGGGUCACCGGGCCACCCCCAGGCCACCGUGGCCACCUCAAACGGGACCCCCUAGGCCACCCUGGGGUCACUGUGGCCACCUCUGGGUCAUUGUGGCCACCACGGCCACCGGGGUCACGGGGGUCACGGGGCCACCCCCAGGUCACUGUG